AUGACACACUGCAGGGGCGGGGCUUUGGCGACCUCUGGAGUUGGAGCUGUCGCUGCUAGCUGCUGCGAUGACGGGAAGGGGGAAGCUAAUCGCAGUGAUCGGAGAUGAAGACACAGUUACUGGUUUUCUCCUGGGCGGCAUAGGGGAGCUUAACAAGAAUCGCCAUCCUAAUUUCCUGGUGGUAGAAAAGGAUACAACCAUCAAUGAGAUCGAAGACACCUUCCGGCAGUUUUUAAACCGGGAUGACAUCGGCAUCAUCCUCAUCAACCAGUACAUCGCAGAGAUGGUUCGGCAUGCCCUCGAUGCCCACCAGCGCUCCAUUCCAGCAGUCCUGGAGAUCCCAUCCAAGGAGCACCCCUAUGAUGCUGCCAAGGACUCCAUCCUGCGCAGGGCCAAGGGCAUGUUCACUGCUGAAGAUCUGCGCUAGGCCACUCUUGGCUCUGAAACCCCCACCCCAUGGCCAGGCCUCUUCCAGCCCUACCCUUUCCCCUCCAUGGCUGGCUGGGUGAUGGAUGAUUCUAGACCACUGGGGCUUGCUGUUAAAAUCCAGGCUGGUUAGGGAACAGGAAGCCCAACCAUCCUGUCUCUCCUCUACCUCUUCCCUGUGCUGUUACAUAG